AGCUCUCUUGUCAUUCAUUACUUUUUUGUUGAACACAACAAAUCAAAGGUUUUUUUGUGGAGAACGUUUCCUUAUUGUUAUGUUUCUUCUGUUAGUUGAAGCAGGCGUUAGUAAGCUAAUUUAUUCGAAAAAAGUCUAAUCUACACCCAACUGACUCAAGAUGUAUAAAAAAUUGGCCAGUUCAAGUAAAAGAUAUGUGAAACUAUCUAGUUCUUCUAACUCAUCAGUUGGAGAAAAUUCUUUCAAUUCAAGUGGUGAAGACACUGUGUAUGAUGAGCAAGCAUCAGUUGGUGGUACGGAGCACGAUGUAAAGCUGCAUCAAGAUAUAGAAAACCUUGGUGGCGAGCUUGGAAUAAUGUCGUUGGAACCAGAAGACGCUUCGUUUAUGGUAGAACCCAAUAGUUUGUAUUUCACAGCAACCGAUGAAACUAUUUUGAAUUCAAAUAAUGGACAGUCGGCAAUCUGCAAUAAUACCAUAUAUGAAGACGUUGGUCAAUCGUUAUUCAUUGAAAAGAAAGAUAUUUCAUCACAAGAUACAACAUUUACUGAUCAUACACCGGACUCCAAUUUACCUGAGAAACAUCCAAGUGGUAGAAUGCAAGUUGGUCAUGAUGUGUUGUUGGAUAGUCCAUAUACGGUUGUUGAUUUGGAUGACAAGGGUCGAACCAUAGAGCGGUGUGUCCACCUCGUACGUGGCGAAACAACUGAGUUUUUUCAAGAUGUUCAAGCUGAGUGUUUAAGUGCAAAUAGAGAUUCUCUUCUUGACAAAGCUGUUGUGGCAAAUAUUGCUUUACCUUCACUGCAAAGUAGAGAUUCCCCUCCAAUCAUAUCACCAUCAGUGUAUUGUCAACCAUCUCCCACCUCGGUGCAAUCUACAAAUGCUGCUUCUUUAACUAUUUGUGAAAAUAAAUUAAAUCCCAACAGUUUGGUAAAUGAAUCAAAACAAAUGAAUGACAGUUCAGAUGACUUGCUUAAAAUGAUGUCUGCUAUGAGCAUAAGCAGUUAUGAAAUUAUUGAAGAUACAGCCAUAUCGAUUGUGAAUGAUUCUAGAUCUACUGUUGUUGCGGAUGACACAAACUUUCAUACCAAACAGUUGGAUGGGUUUAAAGUUUCAACUACACUUCACUCAACAACAGAUGAUCAAGAAUAUAAUGCGAGUGAAAAACAAACAGAUCUCGCUACAGAUGAUGUUCAUGUUGUGACUGUGGAUGGUGUGGAAGGAAAACUUACUGAACCAUCUUUUCAUGCAGAAAGCAAUGAAUCAAAACAUAAUCAUGAUGAUGAAAAAUGUUCAUUCACUGAAAUGAAAUCAACUGAGAAUGAAAUGAAGGGAUAUGAGAUUGGAAGAAGUGAUGAUAUCAAAGCACCAAGUGUAAUGACCAUCGAUGCAAAACAGUUGGAUGGAUUUAAAGUUUCAACUGCACUUCACUCAACAACAGAUGAUCAAGAAUAUAAUGCGAGUGAAAAACAAACAGAUCUCGCUACAGAUGAUGUUCAUGUUGUGACUGUGGAUGGUGUGGAAGGAAAACUUACUGAACCAUCUUUUCAUGCAGAAAGCAAUGAAUCAAAACAUAAUCAUGAUGAUGAAAAAUGUUCAUUCACUGAAAUGAAAUCAACUGAGAAUAAAAUGAAGGGAUAUGAGAUUGGAAGAAGUGAUGAUAUUAAAGCACCAAGUGUAAUGACCAUCGAUGCAAAACAGUUGGAUGAAUUUAAAGUUUCAACUGCACUUCACUCAACAACAGAUGAUCAAGAUUAUAAUGCGAGUGAAAAACAAACAGAUCUCGCUACAGAUGAUGUUCAUGUUGUGACUGUGGAUGGUGUGGAAGGAAAACUUACUGAACCAUCUUUUCAUGCAGAAAGCAAUGAAUCAAAACAUAAUCAUGAUGAUGAAAAAUGUUCAUUCACUGAAAUGAAAUCAACUGAGAAUAAAAUGAAGGGAUAUGAGAUUGGAAGAAGUGAUGAUAUCAAAGCACCAAGUGUAAUGACCAUCGAUGCAAAACAGUUGGAUGGAUUUAAAGUUUCAACUGCACUUCACUCAACAACAGGUGAUCAAGAUUAUGAUGCGAGUGAAAAACAAACAGAUCUCGCUACAGAUGAUGUUCAUGUUGUGACUGUGGAUGGUGUGGAAGGAAAACUUACUGAACCAUCUUUUCAUGCAGAAAGCAAUGAAUCAAAACAUAAUCAUGAUGAUGAAAAAUGUUCAUUCACUGAAAUGAAAUCAACUGAGAAUGAAAUGAAGGGAUAUGAGAUUGGAAGAAGUGAUGAUAUCAAAGCACCAAGUGUAAUGACCAUCGAUGCAAAACAGUUGGAUGGAUUUAAAGUUUCAACUGCACUUCACUCAACAACAGAUGAUCAAGAUUAUGAUGCGAGUGAAAAACAAACAGAUCUCGCUACAGAUGAUGUUCAUGUUGUGACUGUGGAUGGUGUGGAAGGAAAACUUACUGAACCAUCUUUUCAUGCAGGUGUGUACCAGUUUACAGUUGUUCAAUAG